AUGCAUUUCUCACGUACCAAGAAUAUAAUUGUUCCCUUGAUUAUUUUGCUCCUUUUUGUCAUUGAUGCUCUGGGUCAAGAUCAUACGUCGGGACUAAAAGUCCGAAGUAACCCGAAUGAUGGCUCAGUUCUCAUGAAUUGCCCUAAAAAAGUUCUUAAGAUCCCAGUCAAAUGGAGAUUCACCUCCUUCGUCACAGAACUCGGGAAGCGCGAAAAAAAGAAGCUUGGUGAGAAAAUAAAGAAACUUGUAGAGAAAAAGAAGAAGGACGCCAAAAAAAAGAAACUUGUAGAGAAAAAGAAAAAUGAAGCGAAAAAAAAGAAUGGAAAAAGGGAGGUGAACAUAGAGAAUGAGAAAAGGGAAGUGAGCAACGAGAAUGAGAAAAGGGAAGUGAGCAUCGAGAAUGAAAAGAAAAAUGAAGUGAACAAGAAAAACGAAGUGAACAAAGGAAACGGAAAGAAGAACGAGAUGUGCAAACAGAAGCAAAAUGGGAUCAAAAAGAUAGUAAAAAAGAAUAAAAAUAAUGAAAUUAAAAUUGUUCUUGCCCAAGAAGCGAUUAUUGUGUUAGAUGUGUAA